AAGAUGAGACCCAAUAUUUCCACAUAAUCUCUAAGAAAUAGUUUUUCUUUCCUUGAUAUCAUCUCCGAUUUUAUAAAAAAAAUGGCCAAAUGUAUGGGUCUCAGUGUCCAUCAGUUACCAAUUUUGGCGGGUAUAUGUCCUUGUUCUUCUUCUUAUUUAGUUCCUAGAGCUAGAGCUGCUGGCUCAGUUCCCAUUUCAUCAAAGGUUGACAACAAGUGGAAAAGUGGAGGGAGAGCUCCCCGCCGUCUGAUCUUGGGCCUUGGAGUCUCGUUUUGGGCCCAGUUGAUGAACAUGUCUGGUGCGGUUGGUGGGAAAUCUUUCACUGCUUCUGCAAGGUUGAAGAGCGGCCCUUCUUUUGAAGAGAUACUGAAGAAUGUGGAAUGGCCAGAGCAAUUUCCCUUCAAGCCUGAGGAUUUCCAGCGCUUUGAUGAGUCAUCGGAUUCGGUGUUUUAUGAGACUCCACGCUUUGUGACACAUAUUGAUGAUCCUGCCAUUGCGGCACUGACCAAGUACUACUCAAAAGUGUUUCCUCCUAGCAACACUCCAGGAGUAAGCAUGCUGGACAUGUGUAGCAGUUGGGUCAGUCACUUUCCACCGGGAUACAAGCAAGAGCGAAUAGUGGGAAUGGGGAUGAAUGAAGAAGAGCUAAAGCGGAAUCCGGUCUUGACAGAGUAUGUUGUGCAAGACUUGAAUGUGAACCCCAAACUUCCCUUUGAAGACAAUUCUUUUGAUGUGAUUACUAAUGUGGUUAGCGUUGAUUACAUCACAAAGCCUCUUGACGUUUUCAAGGAAAUGUGCCGGAUUCUUAAGCCAGGUGGACUUGCUAUAAUGAGCUUUUCCAACCGUUGUUUCUGGACUAAAGCAAUCUCAAUAUGGACAUCAACCGGUGAUGCUGAUCAUGGUUUGAUUGUGGGGGCAUAUUUCCACUACGCUGGAGGAUUUGAAUCACCUCAGGCGGUGGAUAUAUCCCCGAACCCUGGACGCUCAGAUCCUAUGUACAUCGUAUACUCUAGAAAAUUAUCUACGGUAUAGAGAUACCGGAUGCGAGAAAUUUCUUCGUCUUCCAAUCGAUGCCCGAAUUUCAAGAGGAAUUUUGUUAAUAGUUGCUAAUAUAGCCAGUGAGUCAUCCCAAAGAAGAGUUCAUAGUAAGUGAACUUGCAAAUCUGCUCUUAUUUUCUCUGUACGCUCUUAACUCCAGUGUGCAUGCAAACCAACUGAAGUGGUUACAUUUCUUGAAAUAUUUUCUCUUUACAAGAUGUCCGUUCUUUGUUAAAAGACAUACAUUUCGAGAAAAUCUCUUUUUUGAUCAA